AUGUGUUUUCGGUCGGCGGUUCUGUUUCUAUUGGCUCUUCUUUCCUCCUGUGACGCCCAAGAUCCACUUCACCUGUCGGCAAGGCCGUGGCGAAAGUAUCCAACGAGCCCCGAUAGAAGCCACUUUUCCCGUUCGCGUCCAAUUCCACAUGCGUACGGGGACCUAAGUGCACACUUUCUGGACAACGAGGAAAUCAAAACUGACCGAAGAGCACGGCGAUGGCAAGUCAACCUGAAAACCAGAAAUAUUGGCCGGCUAUCUUGGUCCAGCCGAAUCAUAUGGACAAACAUUGCGACCUUUGCUGCCCAGGCUUGGAAGCCUUCGUUUACUCAAUGGGGUAUAAAAGUAUCCGAGAAGAUUUUGCGUGGCGAAGAACUGUACAGACUUAUUACUCCAGUGUUCCUACAUGGCGGCUUCGGUCAUAUUUUUACAAAUAUGAUUUCGCUGAGCAGAGUCGGACCAGAUGUGGAGCGAUUGUUUGGAUCAGGACGAUUUCUGACAACGUACAUGGUUUCUGGAAUGACAGGCAAUCUUCUUUCUGCAUAUAUGUCUCCCAACCCUGGUUUAGGCGCUAGCGGAGCCGUUUUUGGGGUCGUCGGCGCGUACUAUGUUUUUUUGACCCGCAAUGAGUGGUUACUUGGACCAGCGGGACAAAGCGUCACAUCUAGUAUUACACAAACGAUGCUGUUUAAUAUUUUCCUGGGUGCAUUGAAUCCAGUUAUUGAUAAUUGGGCUCAUCUGGGCGGCGCUCUUGGUGGUGCGGCAAUGGGCUACUACUUUGGACCGCGACUUUACCUAGUAGAACUUCCAGAAGGUGGACGUAUAGUGAUGGAUCGCCCAAUCGCUCGCCUUCCUAGAAACAUAGAAUCGAUUCCCGGGAAUCUGGCGGGGCAAAUCAAACGAAUAACACGACGGAUGCAGGUUGAAAGAUACAAGACAGAGAUGCCGACAAGGCCUUGGCAACAACGACAACAACACAUGCGACAAACGGCACCAAACCGUUCAAUCAAACCUGGUCCAGUGGAUUAAGCACAGAAUGUAGUCGCAUCGUUUACGUGCU